AUGUCCUCCAAUCGCGUGAUCCAGGACUCCGACGAUGAAGAUGAUCCUUUGGCGGGGCCCCUCUCUCCCCGACCCAGAGUCGAUAACACAGACCUUGACAUACGGGCAGGGAUACGCCAAGUGCAUAAUGGAUCAACCACUGACAAGCAUAUCUACAUAGGAUCAAUGAUGACGGAGAUCGGAAUUGCACAGCAACGACUAUUCGAUGAUGAUGAAACACACAAUACGGAACGUGCUCGGUAUCAAUACGCCGGUGAUAUGGAGGCCGCGGAGACGGAUUCGGCAGCUAUUCAGGAACAAAUUGCUGCAGAAUUUCCCCCGCAUGACGAUAUCGCCUUAGUUCCUAAUGAGCAUACCCAUGGCUCCUCGGAACAACCACCCAUAUAUACUGAAGCGCAGCCUGAUAUAUCCGACACUCUGCCCUACGGAACCGGACAGCACCCUCUUGACGCAGCAAACCUAUAUACCCACGAGCCAAUCGCGAAGCCCAAUGAUCACACGAGCUUCAACUAUUCGGUUACGACAGGCGCAUCCUACAACUUGUUUGAAUCAUCCCUCCGCCCAUCCGGCAGCUUCGACCUAGAGAAUAACAUCCCUACCCAUCCAACCGGCACCAUCGACACCGAGAUCGCAUACAAAUCCCCUCGACGGGCUGGCUCCGUCCCACCUGUUCCCUUUUCCCCGCACGACACAGAGCCAUUCUCCUCCGUGGUAUCCCCUAAAGCCAGCCGAUCGAAAAGCGACAAUGCAGUGCAGCAAUCAUACCAAAGUGGCGAUGAGCUCAACGGGCCGGUAACCAUUGAAAUCCCCGUCGCGGAGAAGAAACAACGAGGCCGCAAGAAGAAACAAAGCAUCCCCGAGCACGACGAAGACGACGAACUAGCCCAAACCCACACCCCUACUAUAAUCCAGGAUGUGACAACCGCCACCACUGCCUUGGAUACCACUACCAACAAUAAACCCGAAAAGCGCAAGCCAGGCAGACCCCCAAAGAACCCGAAACCACCACGCAACGAAGAAGACAACCAGCCAGGCUUAAUCUCAAACGACACCACCGCAUUCCCCAUACCUCCAGAUACCACAACUACAACCUCAACCCAUCCCCUCACAACCACCACCGACCUACCCCCACCAAAGAAGCAAGCCAAAGAGCCCAAGAAGAAGAAACUCAAACGCGGCAAAACCACCUCUAUAACCCUAACAAAAACAUACGAAUCUGAAGUCGAAGACGACGUUAUCUGGGUAGACGAGCGACCCAUUUCUACCACCAUUACUCCCCAAACCGAGGUAGAACCCCAACUCGGCAAGGAUAAGGACCACAACGCCACCAUCCCCCCUCCUGCACAUGAAGAGGCUCCUCCCACAAUCCAGAACCCAGAUCCAGAACCUGAAUCAAAUCCCGCACCAGCUCCCAAAAAGCGCGGCCGCAAACGAAAGAACCCAGUCGAAGAACAACCACCGGCACCGGCACCAGCUAUAGAUUCUCAGAAUUCAUCCUCCGAUAAAGAGAACAAUCCGGUAUCUGACUCCGAUCCAACUACACAUAAGCAGGAAAAUACACAACAGGAACCAGACCAACAACCACCACAAGACGGAGAGAACGAGAACGAGAACGAGCCCCAACAGGAACAGAAUACAACGCCCUCCACACCCCUGAAACCAAACAAAGGCCCAACGAAGCACAGUCCGAUAUCUUCAACGACUAAAGUACCUUACCGGGUCGGAUUGAGUCGGCGAGCGAGAAUUGCGCCGUUGUUGAAGGUUGUACGACGGUGA